UGCACGGUGUGCCUGGACCUGCCCAAGGCCUCGGUCUACCAGUGUACUAAUGGUCACUUGAUGUGCGCUGGCUGUUUUAUCCACCUACUAGCAGAUGCCCGGUUGAAGGAGGAACAGGCUACGUGCCCCAAUUGCCGUUGUGAGAUCAGUAAGAGCCUCUGCUGCCGAAACCUGGCUGUGGAAAAAGCAGUGAGUGAGCUGCCAUCAGAGUGUGGCUUCUGCAUGCGGCAAUUUCCUCGCUCCCUUCUGGAGAGACACCAGAAAGAGGAGUGCCAGGACAGGGUGACUCAGUGCAAAUACAAGCGGAUUGGGUGCCCGUGGCAGGGUCCAUACCAUGAGCUGACAGUUCAUGAAGCGGAGUGCACUCACCCCACAAAGACUGGGAAUGAACUGAUGGAGAUUCUGGAUGAAAUGGACCAAACCCAUAAAAAAGAAAUGCAGCUGUAUAACAGCAUCUUCAGCCUGCUCAGCUUUGAGAAGAUUGGCUACACAGAAGUUCAGUUCCGUCCCUAUAGAACCGAUGACUUCAUCACCCGCCUGUACUAUGAAACACCCAGGUUCACCGUGCUCAACCAGACCUGGGUGUUAAAGGCCCGAGUCAACGACUCCGAACGCAACCCCAACCUGUCCUGCAAGCGCACCCUCUCCUUCCAGCUCAUUCUGAAAAGCAAGAUCAGUUCCCCCAUGGAGUGUUCCUUCCUGCUCUUGAAGGGGCCCUACGACGACGUGAAAAUCAACCCCGUGAUCUAUCACUUCGUCUUCACCAAUGAGAACAAUGAGACGGAGUACGUGCCGCUCCCCAUCAUCGACUCUGUGGAAUGUAACAAACUGCUGGCUGCCAAGAACAUCAACUUGCGGCUUUUUAUAUUCCAGAUACAGAAAUAGGCAAGGCUGAGUUAUGCUGGAAGUUACCAAGAAAGCACCACUGAACCAUAGUUACCUCGUAUGGCUGCCUGUGCCAGUUGUGAUUUCACAGUAAUUUGAUCAUUUUAAAAGGAAAAAAACAACAAAACGUCUGCAUGUGUAUGCAACAGUGUAAGCAGUCACAGCCUUCCUUCCCUUCCCUUCCCCAUCCUCCCCAGGGACAGACAAGAAUGGAGCCAGGUCCGUGUAGAGGACUGGCAUGUGGGGGUGACUGCUGGGAAACCUGCAGGUGCUGGCAGCAUACCGAGAGCUCUUUGGUAUGCUGUGGUGAGGGCAAGUUGGGGAGCCAGCGAUCCAAGCAGUUCAGUAUAUGUGAAUAGACAGAGUUUUGUUGUCAUGGUACAGUGCACAAUCUACAUGUGGCAGUUGUGGGGCUGUAAGGGAGGCAGUGGUGUUAUUUUCUCCCCCUCCUUUCAGAUCUCAUGUGGCUUGAAUGAACUGGAUACAUUUCAGUUUCCUGUUUUGCUUUUGGGGUGGGGAGCACAGAGACAAGUCUAGCUGUGAUUUAGGGCUUGGGAGAGCCUAGUUCAUUAUUACUUGUGCAGUCUGGUCCUCUGUCUAUUGUAUCAGUAAAAUAAAACAAAUGGGGAUUCCAACCCCCCACCCUCCCCUUCCAAAAACAAAACAAAACACUAAUGAGGUGUUUGGGGGAGUUUGUGGAACUUGUGCUGGCUGGGCUGACGUUCCACCUUUCUGUGGGAAAAGGAUGGGAGUGGGGAGAAAUGAUGGAGCUGUAGUGCAUUACAUAUGAAAGUGUUCCAAAGAACCAGAGUCCCCAUUUGUGUCUAGUUUGUGUAAACUAACCCUUUGUUCCGAGUUCCUUUCGCCACAACCUUUUGGUCCAGUGGAGUUAACCAUUGCCAUGGUUUGUAAAUGGAAGUUUAAGAUGCAGGGUGAAGAUUAUGAAAAGCAGACACGCUGAGCAUUGCAUGAUCUCUCAUGGGGUUGUGACAUGAACCUCCUGGACUGAGUGGGGUUUCCUGGUAAUUUCCAAGCAAAGAUGCUCUUGUUCUCAAAUAACUUAGAACAGGUUAUUGGAGCAUUUUUUUCAGGAGUGUGCUAAUGGCGAAUGGAUCAGAAUGGUUCAAUGUCCCCUCUCCUUCCCUUCCCCCACAAACACCACCUGGACUGUUGCAAACAAAAUACUGUAUCUCUAGUUUAUUUUGUAUUGCACAUCAUGAAGAAACAAUCCCAAGGUCAUUUCUACAGUUUCAUGCUUCCUCCAGCCCUGCAAUAUAGCACAGGUUGAGAUUUUAUCUAGACAAGAUGAGGACCUAUGUAGAAACCAAACCUAAAUUCUUGCAGACUUUUCGGAAUGCAGGGUGAAAUUCUGUCCCUUUGCAGUUUUGCCAAAACUUGAGUUUCUUGUGAAACAAGAAAAAAGAAACGAGUUGCAGGCUCUUCAAGUAAUUAUGCAAUUUUACAGUGUGAGAAUAUUUUUUAUAUAUGAAAUAUAUACAGCAUGUUUAUGGACAGGGAUAGUGCAGCCAGUCACCAAAUUGUGAAGAGAUCUACAGGGAUGUUUCACUUGACACUAUUUUUAAGAAAUGUAAAUGUGGGGUAUUACUGGUGGUGGAUGAAAACACUAUCACAAGCUCAUUAAUGCCGUGUAUUCAAGACCAGCCACCCAGUAACUAUGCCCACUGAAGUCAGGCUAUCUAAUUUUAUUUUUAAGGAAUAACUGGAUUGGGUAUGAUGUAAAUCAUGGAAACCUCUCGCAGAUGCUGCCUACAAAGAAGCUAUUACUGUUUUACUUUCUGUCAUGAAGCUUCUUCUGCCCUGGGUUUUCAUUCUGAAUCAUGUCAGCUUUCCAGCCUAGCUUUUUCACCUCCCACUGGCCGUUCUAAAGGCAGUGGCCACUGGGAGUUCGAGCCCUUUUAUUGGUAACUGGAUGAGUCUUUCUGCUGUGCCCCAUGGAAUAGGAGAAUGUUUAUAGCAUGAAGCCUAGUUAAUAGUCUUAAUAGUGUCUUGAAAUCUUAGUGACGUCUUUUAAAGAGACAUAGAGUUUCAUAGAAUGAAGGUAUUACUGCCAGGUUAAAAGUUGCUUGUUCAAAAUGCUCAAUUAGAGUGGAUGUGAGAUUUACAAAGAAAAAAUUACUUUCCAUUAGCUGCUGCUGUGACUGUCUCGUGUGGAGGUUGGAGUCUGAGCUUAUGUGCUACAGGCGCAGCCCCUUCCUUCACGUCUCCCCUCCCUCACCUUGUGAGCAGAAUCUCUGCUGCUAGAGCCCCAGGUGUGUGAAAUGUCUAACACUGACUUGCUAGAAUUGUAAGCUGUCAUUUUACAUAGGCUUCUCCGUCGCUUCAGAGGAAUAACAUCUAUUAUAGCUUUCUUUUGAUUAAAUACCAAAGAGCCAUUUUCCCGUUAGUCCUGUUACUCUUUGUUAUUCUCACAUGCUACAUGUUAGACUGACAGACUAAAUAGCAUGCAAAUGGCCAGUCUAUAUUUGGUGACGGUUUUGAGUGUCUAAGAAUGACCACAACACUACAGUGCCCGUAGAGCAGGUCAGACCACCUUGUAAAACUUCAGAGGAACUUUUUUUGUGAUGAAUGUAAAUUUUUUCAAAAUGGAUAGUGUCAGGGUUGCCUGUCUUCUGUGUUAGCAACACUGAAGGUAUCACCAAAGGUUGACACCAUUUAGUGCUGUUUCCUGAGAUCUAAUCGCUUACAGGAUAGGUUGGAAGCCAGUUCAGGAAAGAUGGUGCCCUCAGGAAAAGCCAUUCAGAACAAGUUGGCCACGAUCAGAGUCCCUUGCUUGGAAAAGUCUAGAGUGGAGUCAAAUACCAGGGGCAGACUGAGACUUCCCCUUGGUUAUGGUAAGGGAACUUGAAUCGCAGUUGUCUUCCCAUUGUCCCAGCCUGAAGUUGUUCAGUUUGUAGUGCAGUUUGUUCCUUUAUGUCAAAUGCACAAAGCCUUGUCAAGGAAACAGAAAUUCCCCUCACUGGGGGCCGUUGUGUGGUAGCUGACUGGCUCAGGCAGUGCCACAUGAAUGGAGCUUGUUUUUUUACGAGGAGGAAGAACUCCAGUGCAGUCUGGUACAGAUCACUACUUCCUUCUGUGACUAGUAAUAGCUCUUUGAACCUGUCCUUGUUAACUGUUUUGAACAGGACAAGGUAUCCACUGGAUUAUUGAUCCUACUGGAGUAUCGGGGAUUCCAAUGUUCUGCAGACCUUCCAGGAGAGGAUGGCCAGAUGUGGGUAACAUCAGCAUGACAGAGCAUGUCAUGUUGGAUUACAUGGACACUUAGUGCUCUGUUCACUUUACGCAGAGUAGGGCGGCACUGGGGCAGGUAUCUUCAGAGUAGCAUCGUUGGAAUGACCAAAAGUGAUCUAGAAGUGUCUUGACUAUAACAUUUGGGAAGUGAAGACUACCAGCCCUGGCAUUUGUGAAACUUAGACUUGCCUUCUCCUAAGGCUCUAAGAAGCUCACGAGUAAAGAGUUGAGUCACCUUGAGGAAGGAUUUGCCUAUCCUAGUGUAACUGGAAAAUACCAUGUGCGGCAGAUAAGCACAGUGCAUCUAUCAGGAAGGAGUUGCUACGUUAAGUCCUGUAAUAGAGUAUGAGAAUUAGUUAAAGCCACCAUGCAAACUAAUCAGUGCACAAGGUAGGUAUAUUUCCCAUGUACCAAAGCCCUUUUCCCACUGUUGCAGAGGCAGGAGGGUGAGUAUUUUCUAGAGUCAUUAAAGGUCACCCUAGGAAUGUUCUGCAAUACCUGUCACUUUCCAUUUAGUAUAGACUGGGAGGCAUUGAUCACUCUAUAACCAGUGCCACUGGUUUGCUAAUACACCUGGUAUAUUCAUGUGUUUUCUACUGAGGCAACUGCCUCUGAAUCCGGUGACCAAAGAAAUCCAAGUUCUGGCAUCAGCUGUGCGAGUGGUAGAACUUCAGUAACAGCUUCAUGGAACGGGCUACUGAGAAGCACAGAAUUGAAACACAAAGGCGCUGUGCAUUAAUAUGAGCUGUUGGAGGGAGGGUGAGAACUAUGCAUGGCUUCAAGACCUAAAUUAAGCGGUAAAACUUUCCAAAGUAAAUGGAGCAUAAUGAGAAACAUGUGCUUGGAAAUGAACUUCAACAGAAGAAAUCCUGUCCCUGAGGAGUUCCUCUUCCAUCCUGAAAGCUCAGAGCAACUUGGGGCUUAGUUCAGGGGAAGCCUUUUUCCCAGGAGGCUUGAGAACCCAUCAAGAGAUGGCAAAGAGAUGUCAUUCCAUUAGGAAGCUUUGAAGAUUCUCCUAGAGAACUUCAGGCAAAUCCUCUGGAGUGUUCAUUCUGCUGCUCCGAGGAUGGGCAGCUGCAGAGAUCUUCGUACAGCUUUGUUUUAAUGAUUCACUUUUUAAAAAAUUGGAAAUGUUCAACCCCCACGUGCCCCGAAAAGGAAGGACUCAUUUUAUAUUUCUUAAUACCAGCUCUUGACGCUUCUGGGUUCAAUCCAUGUGUAGUUUGCAUGCUGGGUUUUCCCCACAUCAGCUUCUCCUUUCAGAAGAUUACCUCGGGACUUACUCAUUUUCUAGUACAUGGGGCUACCUAAGGAGAAUUUGUGGCAACCUCCAAACUUUUCAGGGUAGAAUAAUUUUACCAGGUCUCUUCCCCAAUCCCGCCCCCGGUGAUUUUAAAGCUAGUAAAAUUCUGCAGGUCUGAACUUGUUUGUGGCCUAAUCUUAGUACAAUAGUCCAGGUUACUAUGCUUUCAUCUCCAAGAGGGUUCCUCCAGUUCUCCGAGUGUGUAGGGUGAACGCUGGUGAGUUUCUGAGGGUAAAUUGUUAUGUAUUUGGUAACUCUUGUCCCAAGCAACUGGCUCCCAUGGCAGGAGGUCGCUUUGCUUAUCUUCAUUUGGUUGAUGGGAAGAAUCUGGCCGUUUUCUGUGCACUUUGCUUUAGAUGAUGCCCAGUGGCAGUGGAGUCUUCCUGUGCUACUGUCAAAGGGAGGUGCUCCCGGGCUUGCCCAGCUGAGCACCACACUGGCUACUUUGCAGGGGUUGGGGUCCCCACCUAAUUAGUAUGUAAAACGGAUGCAGCUGUCCUCAUCUCUUUAAUUGAGGGAUGCAGCUUGUGUGGGAUGGUUGCCAAUGCACAGUGCUGCUGCUUAGAUCAAAGUGUAGCCCUGUAAUCUCCAUGGCCCGUCUUCCCCAUGAAGAUAAGGGAAGCCACAGGCAUUUUAUGCAACACAGGGAUAAUCAGUGUCGGAAUAUUAGUCUUCUCUCCAAAGACAACUCCGGUAGGCCUUGAAUUCAGAUGGAACAGAUUUUUUUAAUGCAACUCUCUUCUGUAGAUUCAGGCAGGAACCUCCAGUUUGCACAUUUAACGAGAUUCCUUUAGUCUUUGUGUGAUAGUUGCAUGAAUUGAGCAGAAGAUGUCGUCAGACAGCAACUUUGAGUGAAACGGGCACAAUCUCUGAGAGUUCCCAAUAUUAAGGCAAAAUUGAGACCCAGCCCGUCAGCUGUGAUUUAAUGCAACUCUGCGUCUCCUGCACCAUAGGGUGCUUCCCAAUAGCAUGCACAGUGCCAUGGGCUGCACGUGACAAACCUGUCCGGGCAGAGACCAUUACUGUCAUCUGAUCCUCCCUCGUUUGUGUAGAUCUCUCCCUACUCCUCUUUUGUGUCAUACUGUUUUACAUACUGUUUGCUAUGUGCCUUUAAUAUCAGCCAUUGUUUUCAAAGGAUGGCUAUGGGAAAAGUGGAACCCUUUCCUUUCCCAGGAACAUUCCUCUGGAGCCCUCAGCAGAUACUAGUUGAAUGAAUGUGUCUGCAGGAUUUCAUUGAAGAGGUAUUGCUACCACUCUUCCUCUUUCUCUUCUCUUGUUGCCACUGAAUGUUUCUGUCUGCUUUUUUUGCCUCUAGAUUCCUCUCUCCUGUAAGCACAAGGAAUUGUGCUUUGGAGUAGCCAUGUGUUCCCCGUUUCUGAAAGGUGGGACUGAGAUUAUUGGUCAGGUGCAGACUUAAAUUUGCAUAAGCCUGGGCCAGUCUUUGUGGCCCAGGCCUGGGGAGUGAUGUGACCAAAUUGUGUCUGAAUGGGACUGAAUGCACAGUCUUCCCCUGUGGUUACUGUUUGUACUGCUUCACUAAGACAAUGGCAGGUAAUCUCUUUGGAAGCCAAAAGACAGGGCCCUUGUACAGUAUUACAAAAGUUCUUGUAUAUUAGUAUUAGUUCUAACAGUGCAAAACGAAUGGAGAAGCAACUGUAUAUCCACAUCCGACCGAAGCAUUAGACUGAGAAAAGCACAUUGCAGUGAGGGGGAGUACCUGGUAAAGUGGGGACUCCAGCUGGGGUUACUCAUCAGAGUCCAGCUGCUAGAGAUGGCGUUCCAUAAGAGCUGUGUCCAUUGCUCCCUUUGGGUUUGCGGUUUUAAAAUGCCUUCCUGAAUCGGUGGCUGUGUCCGGGAGUCCCUGGCCAGCUGCCAGCCAGACUCCACUGAACGGAUUUCCUGGGUGUGAUGGUCAAAAAAUUUUAAAUUAACUAUUUUUUUUGCAAAGCUGUUCUCUCUCUCCUCGCCCUUGUCCCUCAACUCCUUUGCAUAGGUCACCCUGUCCGUACUGGACAUUGGAAAAUUCAUACACAGUAGCUGAGCCUUACGUGUCUAGUUCAGUACUAGACAAAUAAAGAUUGUAGCACGUCUCUUCAUGCCAGGGCUGAAGACUGGCAGACCACAAACCUCCUUACAGUAUUUACUGUGGGUAAUUUAUUUAACUAGUGAAUGUAGAAUUAAAAUAAUUUAAAAGCUAAUGGUUUGUUUGCGGGAUCGUAUGUCCUCUCUGUAAUUGGCCUGAUUUUAUUUGUGUUCUCGUUCCUUUAGUUCAUUCUAUAUAGCAGGGCUAGAACGGGCAGGUGGGGCGCGGGGGGGGGGGGAGAGGGUUAAUUCUAACUCUGGGAUUCAGCUUGAGGCUGGUGUUCAAAGUAGAUGAGGGUGGGUGGGUCUCAAUCUAGCCUCUGGACACUUGUCUCGCAGAACCACUUCGCAGUGUGGCACAGCUGGCAGGUGAAUCAGGGAGGCGUGGGACUGGACUAGCGGGGACUGCUGCAAGUCAGGGCUGAGGAGCGCUGCUAGAGGGUUGUCAAGAGAGCAUGUGCAGCCCCUGGCUUGGUUACUGCUACAGCUCGCCUCCUCCCGGUGCCUGAGCACUACACGUGGCGAAUCCCGUUUGAGAGGGCUGGUUCUGACGCUGUCGGGAAUGAUUUCUUCUGUUACUUUUGUGGUCUGCGUUCUGUUUGAAUAGUUUCUGUAUGUAACUGUAGUAAAAAACCAAACCAAA